UGCCACUACGAUAUUUUUACAAAUCCCAAAAGCCCCUCAACCCAAGAUAGAAAAGAGCCUUGAACUUUUUCCCUCUUCAUGUAUUGGCAGCAUAGCCAUGAAAUGACAAAAAUAUUGACUCUUUGAUUCAUAUUUCUUGUGAAACCGUCAAAUUCCCCAUUUCACAAGAGCCUCUUGCCUCGUGAAGAUCCGAAAAAGAAAGAAAGAAAAAAAGGAAGAAACUUUUUUUGAUGGGUUACCUUUCUUGCAAAGCAGAAUCAGCAAUCUCCAUAAUCCCCACCUCCACAACUACCCAGAAUUCAUCUUCCAAAACUGCCACCAACAAGCAGGAAAAACCCAUCAAGAUCCAACAGUUUGAUUACGGUGACCUUGAAGCAGCCACCAAUGGGUUCUCUGACCAAAGGCUUCUAGGCAAAGGUAGCCAUGGCUGUGUCUACAAGGCUGUUAUCAGGGGACGCCACGUUGCCAUCAAGAAACCAUCUUCGAGAAACCAAGAAACGAACCCGGAAGCUGAUAACGAGAUCGAAAUCUUGUCAAAGAUUCAAAGUCCCAGAUUGGUGAACCUUCUUGGCUUUACUAAUGGCACUAAAGAUCGUUUAUUGGUUGUUGAAUUUAUGAGUAAUGGCACAUUAUAUGAUGUUCUUCACUCUAAUUCUUCACGGCCUUUGUAUUGGGGUCGAAGAAUUCGAUUAGCCUUGCAAGUUGCCAAAGCCUUAGAAACACUUCACUCGCAAAAACCUCCAAUUAUUCAUAGAGAUGUUAAAUCUGCAAAUGUGUUAAUUGAUAGGAAUUUCAAUGCAAGAUUGGGUGAUUUUGGGUUGGCACUCAGGUGUGGUGUUGAUGAUUACAGGCUUAGAUCAACCCCACCAGCUGGUACUAUUGGGUAUCUUGAUCCAUGUUAUGUGACCCCAGAUAAUUUGAGUACAAAAACUGAUGUUUUUAGUUUUGGGAUCUUGUUGUUAGAGAUUAUAAGUGGUAGAAAAGCUAUCGAUGUUGCACAUUCACCGCCUUCUAUUGUGGAUUGGGCAAUUCCUCUUGUAAAGAAAGGGAAGAUUGUUGCUGUUUAUGAUCCAAGGAUUGCACCUCCUAAGGAUCCUAUCGUUAGGAAGCAGUUGGCUGUCAUAGCAGCUAAAUGUGUGAGGUCUUACAGGGAGCGCCGCCCUGCAAUGAAAGAGGUGGUUGGUUGGUUAACUGGGUUGAGCAAAUUGGUUCCUCUACAUUCAUGGAAUGGAUUUAGCAAUCCAUGUUUGAUGGUUGAAACAGUGGGGCGACCUGUCGAAUUCAGAAAUCCUCAGGAGAAUUUGGACGGUAAUUUUGGCAGGCAAACCAUGAGGGACUCACGCAGAGUCUAUUCAGAUUUGGGCUUCAGCAGCAACUUGAUGGAACUUAUGGGCAUGACUGGUGUUGAUGGGGAGUCUGAAGUUUGGAGAGAGGCUGAUGUGGUUGAAAGGCCUGAAUCAAAACCAGGAAGUAGCGUUUCUAGUCGUAGAUUUGGUAGCAAAAGAUACGUUAACCAUGGGAGAGGUCAGCAGAAGAGCCUUGGUAAUGAGAAUGGUGUUCUUGGUUUGAGGCGGAAUCAGUCAGCUGGGGAAAGUUCUGAGCUCUUUUCAAGAAAUGAUGCCUUUGCUCGAUCAAGUUUCAGUACUAAGGCCGUAGGUGACAUUUAGUUCAUCAAGAAAAACUUAUACAUUGAAAUGAUUGGCAAUGGAGCAAAGUUCAGGCUUCUAAGGUUCUCUUGCUUGCACCUCAAAUUCAUGUAUAUUUGUGGGUAACUCGUUUUUCGGUGAUUUCAACAGAUUGACAUUUUCAAGUUGCUUUCAAUUGUUAAUGUGGUUUUCAUUGUCAAUGUAUAUGCAGAUCGGGACAUUUCUAAUGUCCAACUCAUAGGUUGUUAAUCUUUUUUCCUUCUUGUUUUUGCUGCAAGGCUCAUGUAAAAUGAAAAUGCUGUUGAAUCCAUGCAUGAGAUGAUUCAAAACUUAUCAGUUGAAUACUGAUUUUUGUACUUCGAACAUGCUGUUACAAUAACUUGAAUAAUAUGGUCGACAAUUUGAUUCUGUUUCUUCUUUCA